AUGACUGACUGGAGAGUCGAGGAUCCAGUGUCAAGUGUGGAGAGUGUUAACAGCUGUUGUCCAGUGUUGAGGGUGUUGAGAGAGUCCAGUUCUUCUAUGGCUGUCAUGGGCUUCAGGGUGGUGCUGCUAUCCUUCCUCCUGUUGUCUCUGAGCUGGACCAGAGGAGCUGUCAUCACAGGGGCCUGUGAGAGAGACAUGCAGUGUGGAUUUGGUCUUUGCUGUGCUGUCAGUUUAUGGCUGAGGGGUCUGAGGAUGUGUGUCCCGAGAGGUGUGGAAGGCGAUGAAUGCCACCCCUUUAGCCACAAGGUGCCCUAUCUAGGCAAAAGGCAACAUCACACCUGUCCCUGUCUCCCCCACUUGGUGUGCACCAGGUACGAUGAUAACAAGUAUAGAUGUACUGACGACUUCAAAAACAUGGACUUUUAAAAGAUGCCCAAACAUACACAAAAAGAAGCUGUAUGCUGUAACAGAAACAGCAUUUCAGAGUGAGGAGCAGGCUUUGGAUCAGAAACACAUAUUUAAUCUCCGGUGACACUAUUCUUCAUCUGUGUACUCUAUGCACUGUAAUACAUAGUUUGGAUUGCAUUAAUCCACUCAACAAAGACAGAAAUAAAAGUAACCUGUUAACAGCAGCCACAGUAGACAUGAGACACCUUUCACUGUAAUAAACACAAAGAGGUCAUUUGUGAAGAGUUGAAACAUUUGCUGUUUGCUUAUUUUCUGUUAAUUUAUCAAGAGAAAUGGUAACAUAUUAUUGUCAAUAAAAGUAUGAUAACCUUUUCA